AUGAAUUCAGAACUUGGUGAUGCAGAGGCUGCAAUGAACUGGUUACGAAUUAAAGGCAGGGAAGAUCCCAACUUUUUCUUCAUGUAUAGCAGAGACGGAGAGGGCAGACUAGCCACACUGUUUUGGAGGGACAAUGCUUCUUUUUUAAACUACAAAGCAUUCGGCGAUGUUUUGAUCAUAGAUAGCACCUAUAAAAUGAACAUAUAUGAGUUGCCUCUUGUUUUGUUCGUAUGCAUCCAUAACCACCGUGGAAGUGUGAUAUUUGGUUGUGGUCUUCUGUGCAAUGAGAAGGAGCAUACGUUCAGCUGGUUGAUUGAGAUAUUCAUGUCAUCGAUGGAUAAUGUGGCUCCGAAAACAGUUGUUGUAGACGGUGAUGAAAGGCUGCACAAGGCACUGCAUACGCACAUGCCAUCCGCGAGGCAGAGGCUCUGUUCCUGGCACAUAGGCCGGAAGGUGGGUCAAAAUGUCAAGAACCUGAAAGUGCAUAAAGUUCUUGGAAAACUCAUAUAUGCAUCAUAUAAUAUUGAAGAAUGGGAUCUGAUAUGGGAUAACUUGAUAGCGGAACAUGGGUUGGCAGAUAAUUAA